GAAAAAGGGAUAGGAUAAGGUCCAGUCAGCACUGGAUGCUAGAUUAGGUACAGCGCAUGCAAAGAAAACUGAGUUAAUGAGUGGAAGUCUUAAUUUUUUUCAUAAAUAUUGCUUUGGCAUAUAUAUACGUUAAUAACAGUUAACGGAUUAAGCAAUUUUUUUCUUCUUACACAACUAUAUUCUGUAAAAUGAUUAUACAUUAUCUAAGCCAAAAAGAAGUUUUUAUUACUUUACAAAUAAAAAAGAUAUGAAAAUAGUUGAAAAAAGGAUAUUAUUGAUCGUAUGGUUUGAUGGAUUGAUUUUCGACGAGAUUAUAAAAUAAUGUAUCCAUGGUUCAUGGAAUCAGUUUGCUUUAUUUUUAAACAACUAUAUGAAAAAUGUUUUAUUUAUCGAGGUUUUAAAGUAUGGAUAAAGAAUUGUUCAAUAUUUAAACAUAAAAAAGAACCUUCAUUAUGGUAAUGCCUUAUUGAUUGGAUUGUUAUACUCCACUAUCAAAUUUUGAAGCUGGUCAAAAUUAUACAGAUAUUGAUGAUCCAGCUGUUUGGGUAUCAUUUCCAUUUGUUGAUGAUCCAAAAGUUAAACUUGUCGCUUGGACAACAACGCCAUGGGCAUUACCAUCAAAUCUUGCACUUUUUUGUUAA